AUGACGCAGUCUAAGAGUGUUUCUGAGAGAUAUCAAAAGAUAUCUCAACUUGAACAUAUCUUAAAGAGACCAGAUACGUACAUUGGUUCUGUUGAAACACAAGAAUCGGUGCAAUGGAUUCAUGAUGAGGCAACGGAUUGUAUGAUUGAGAAGACAGUGAAUAUUGUGCCUGGUCUUUUCAAGAUUUUCGAUGAAAUUUUGGUCAAUGCGGCUGACAACAAGGUUCGUGAUCCUAGCAUGAAGAAGAUCGACGUCACGAUAAACCAGGAAGAGAAUUUGAUCGAGGUCAGAAAUGAUGGUAAGGGUAUUCCCGUUGAAAUUCACGAAAAGGAAGGAAUCUACAUUCCAGAGAUGAUUUUUGGUCAUCUUCUAACAUCUUCCAAUUAUGAUGAUGAUGAGAAGAAGGUUACAGGUGGUAGAAACGGUUAUGGUGCCAAGCUUUGUAACAUUUUCUCCACUGAGUUCAUUUUAGAAACCGCUGAUCCUUCCAAAGGUCAGAAGUAUGUCCAGAAAUGGGAAAAUAAUAUGUCUGUAUGCCACCCUCCAUCUAUUACCUCAUACAAAAGAGGUCCUUCUUACACUAAGGUGUCAUUUAGAGCAGAUCUACAAAGAUUUAAUAUGGAGAAACUUGACGAUGAUAUUGUUGGUGUUAUGCGUCGUCGUGUUUAUGAUAUCAAUGGUUCGGUUCGUGACGUGAACGUUUCCUUAAAUGGAAAACCCUUGAAGAUCAAAAACUUCAAGAACUAUGUUGAGUUAUAUCUAAAAUCUCUUGAAAAGAUCAAACUCAACAGAUUGCAAGAGUUAACGAAUCCAGAUGAACCAGCCCAGGAACCAACCAAUAUUCCUGCCAUUUUGUACGAGAAGAUCAAUGAUCGUUGGGAAAUUGCAUUCGCGGUUUCAGAAAACUCUUUCCAACAGAUUUCUUUCGUCAACUCCAUUGCCACAACUUCCGGUGGUACGCACGUCAAUUAUGUGACAGAUCAAAUCGUGAAGAAGGUUUCAGACCGUUUGAAGAAGCAAAAGAAGUCCAUUAAACCAUUCCAAAUCAAGAAUAACAUGUUUAUCUUUAUUAACUGUUUGAUUGAAAACCCAGCGUUCACAUCGCAAACUAAGGAACAGCUUACAACCAGAGUUAAAGACUUCGGUUCAAAAUGUGAAGUUCCUAACGAUUUCGUGAACAAAGUCAUGAAAACAGAUUUAGCGACAAGAAUCUUUGAUAUUGCUGACGAAAAUGCAGAAAAGCAGUUAAAGAAAACUGAUGGUUCGAGAAAGAAUAGAAUAACAGAAUAUCCUAAACUUGAGGAUGCCAACAAAGCUGGUACAAAGGAAGGUUACAAAUGUACUUUGGUGCUCACAGAAGGUGAUUCUGCCUUAUCACUUGCUGUCGCCGGUUUAGCCGUUGUCGGAAGAGAUUAUUAUGGCUGUUUCCCACUAAGAGGUAAGAUGUUAAAUGUGAGAGAAGCUACACCUGAUCAAAUCACCAAAAAUGCUGAAAUUCAAGCCAUUAAAAAGAUUAUGGGUUUGCAACAUAAAAAGCGUUAUGAAGAUGCAACCUCUUUAAGAUAUGGUCAUAUCAUGAUUAUGACAGAUCAAGAUCACGAUGGUUCUCAUAUUAAAGGUUUGAUUAUCAAUUUCCUUGAAAGCUCUUUCCCUGGUUUACUAGAUAUUCCAGGCUUUUUGAUUGAGUUCAUUACACCAAUUAUCAAGAUCACUAUUACCAGACCUAAAAAGCAAACUAUUUCUUUCUAUAACAUGCCGGAUUAUGAAAAGUGGAGAGAAGAAGAGUCUCAUAAGUACACUUGGAAGCAAAAGUAUUACAAGGGUUUGGGUACUUCGACGCAACAAGAAGCACGUGAAUAUUUCUCACAACUAGAUCUGCACUUGAAGAAGUUCCAUGCUCUACAAGGUGACGAUUGCCAAUUAAUUGAUUUGGCCUUUUCGAAGAAAAAGGCUGAUGAUCGUAAAGAGUGGUUGAAGUUAUAUGAACCUGGUACAGUGUUAGAUCCUAAGCUCACGGAAAUUCCAAUCAGUGAUUUCAUCAACAAAGAAUUAAUUCUCUUCUCGUUGGCAGAUAAUAUAAGAUCUAUUCCUUCCGUAUUAGAUGGGUUAAAACCUGGUCAAAGAAAGGUUAUCUAUGCCUGUUUUAAGAGAAAUUUAAAAUCAGAAAUCAAGGUUGCUCAACUAGGUGGUUAUGUUUCUGAACAUACCGGAUAUCAUCACGGUGAAGCUUCCCUAUAUCAAACGAUUGUUGGUUUAGCCCAAGAUUUUGUUGGUUCUAACAAUAUUUACUUGUUGAAGCCUAAUGGUGCUUUCGGUACCAGAGCUACUGGUGGUAAAGAUUCAGCUGCUCCGAGAUAUAUCUUCACAGAGCUUAAUAAGAUCACUAGAAAAAUCUUUAACUCUCUAGACGAUCCAUUAUUAACCUACAUUCAAGACGAUGAACAAACAGUUGAACCUGAAUGGUACUUGCCUGUAAUUCCUAUGAUUUUGGUCAAUGGUUGUGAAGGUAUUGGGACUGGUUGGAGUACCAACAUUCCGCCAUUCAAUCCUGUAGAUAUUGUCAACAAUGUCAAGCGCUUGCUUAAGGGAGAAGAGAUGGAGCCAAUGGCGCCUUGGUACAGAGGAUGGAAAGGUUCUAUUGAAAAAAUCGAUACCCAAAAGUAUCGUACAUACGGUAGAAUCGAACAAAUUGAUGAGUGUACCCUCGAAAUCACUGAACUUCCUCCUAAGACAUGGACAUGUGUUAUAAAAGAAUACUUAUUGUUAGGUUUAAGUGGUAACGACAAGGUCAAACCAUGGAUUAAGGAUAUGCAAGAGCAGCAUGGUGCUACAAUUAAGUUUAUAGUUACGUUGUCUCCAGAGGAGAUGGAAAAGACGAGAAAGAUUGGUUUCUAUGAAAGAUUCAAGUUAGUAUCGACUGUCAGUCUCAGUAAUAUGGUUGCAUUUGAUCCUCAAGGUAAGAUCAAGAAGUAUGACGAUGUUCGUGAUAUCUUGUCCGAUUUCUACUACACUAGACUUGAAUACUAUCAGAAGAGAAAGGAUUACAUCAGUGAAAGGUUGAAAUGGGAGGUGGACAAGCUUUCUUUCCAAGUGAAAUUCAUUAAGAUGAUUGUUGAAAAAGAAUUGACUGUCAGUAAUAAGCCACGUCCUGUGCUUUUCAAAGAACUUGAAUCGCUAGGUUUCCCCACUUUCAACAAAGAAGGUAAACCAACUUACGGAAAGGUGUCGGACAUCGCUUCUAUCGAAGAGAUCAAAAAAGAUGAGGAUGAGGACGACGACGAUGAAGAUGAUGAGAAGGAAGAUCCAGACGAAAGUGAAGAUGUGGUCAAUGGACCGGAGGAGAAGUUUGGUAACUACGACUAUCUUUUGGGAAUGAAGAUCUGGUCGUUGACCAAGGAAAGGUACGAGAAACUAUUGGAGCAAAUGCAAGAAAAACAAACCGAAUUGGAAAGAUUGCUCAAACUCUCUGCCAAGGACUUGUGGAACAUCGAUUUGGACGACUUCAUGGCGCAGUACGAACGUUUCAUCGAACUAGAUGAAGAAAUCAGAAACAACAUCGUUCCAGACGCUGCCACCAAGAAGAAAGGAAAGAGAACCAGACGGAAAGACGAUGACGAUUACGAUCCUAAGAAACCUAAGAAGAGAUCAAGAAAGACUAUCAAGCAUGACUACUCCGAGUUCGAGAGAGUGUUGAUCGAACCUAAAAUCAUCGAAAAGGUGAAAAGAGUGCCAAAGAUCAAGACUGAAAAUAACGAUAUCACCAAGAAGCUUUCCAAGGCCAGCAAAAGCAAGCAAUCCACACCGGAAGUUGUGGUUCCUGCAGAAACUGUGCCCAAAAAGGAACCCUCCUCCUCCUCCUCCACAACUACGAUCUUCUCUAAACCUUCUAACUCGGCAUCAACAAAGCAGGAAAACGGCGAAAAGGACGAAUUCAGCGUCUUCUCCAGCAAGUUCAAGAAGUUAAGCUCGGAUUUCAACGCAAACAGCGAAGAGUCACUCACGUCUACUUCUACUGUUCCCUCACUAUCCGCCUCUGCCUCUGAUGCCACGAAAACCCCGCCUCCAGCACCAGCACAAAACACCGCCUCCAAAAGCGAUGACGAAGAUGAAGAAAUCAGUCUACGGAAAAACAAAAAGCCUGCCAAGAAACCCUCCUCCGCUCAGAUGGUAUCUCUGAGCGACGAAAGCGACCUCGAAAUCCUCGAGAAUCUGCCCUCCCAACCAAGAAAAAGGGCCGCUAGAGCCGCUAAGGCCAAACCAUCCGCCUACAGCCAAGAUAUCUCCGACGACAGUUUCCUAGAUGAUGACGACGACGCCAACUCCGAUGGAUCAUUCCACGCAUCCGAAUAA